AUGUCAGGAUUCGUGCCUGGCCAUUUCAAUGACUCGGACUACCCAUCGCCUUUGGGAGAAGGUCCAAGCUACCCAGAGCGCCCUGAGGAUACUGGACAGAAAAACUUCGUGAUCAACGAAGCGCUACAAGUCGUCGUCGAUACAACAAUUUUUUUCACCAUCAAUCUCCUGUUUUGUUUCGCGACAGACUCUGUGCCAGACCCGCUCGAUGAUGUCUUAGGCGAGGAGCCGGGUCGACCAGAAGAACCCCAGGAGUCAGGAGAGACAAGCCUCGUGAUCUGUGAAAUGCUACAGGUCGCCAUCGACAAUUCCACAUCGGACCCGCUCGAUGAUACCCUCCCAGCAUUGGAUGAGGAGUCAGGCCACCCAGAACACACUCAGGACUCGGGAGAGAUACACCUCAGUGGAGUGCAACGAAUUUUCAUCACUUCCAUUCGCGCGACUGAUCUCACUCUUGGUCUCCGACGGAUUCCUGCUGGAUUCCAUGCGGUGGUCAAGACUGACAGCGCUGAAUACCAGACAAGCAAUCAAUCUGUACACGUAGACCAGACUGUUGUCGAAUGGCACGAGCACAUUCUUCUACCUUGCGAGCCAACGUCUAGAGUUCGGGUCAGCGUGUAUGCGUCAUUUGAGUUGGGACCCAUGCUUUGUCACGGAGAACUCCUCCGCACAUUCGAGAUCUCCGUCGGAGAAUUACUGGAUCGCAGCGCAAAUUCACAUCCCAUAAUCUUUCAACCCAUGCAUGAGGAAGUCGUAUCUGCUUGUACUUCGCUGUUCAUGACAGUGGAGCAGCGACUCUCUGACGAAAACGAUGCGGCAGUUCUUCAUCCCCUUACUACUCUGACAUCCUGCGAUACGGAUGUCUUAGCACUACAGACGGAUGCCGGACAUCAUCUUCUCGCACGAUACCGCAGGACACAGAGCAGUAGGGAUCUUGACCAAUGCAUAAACCACUUUGAAUGCGCCUUGGAUCUCUGCCCCACGAAUCAUCCCUACCGCCCUGCCGCACUGUUCAAUGUAGCCACCGCAAAAUUUGUUGGUUGCCAAGCUGACGCAACUUACCUCGACCUCGACGCAUCUAUCUCUUUUUUUCAAGGCGCACUUAAUUUGCGUCCAACUGAUCACCCAGACCGAACCAUUACUCAGCUCCAUCUCGCCAUUGCUCUGUUCUCUCGCUUCGCGAAACGGAGAGUUCAAACAGAUGCUGAUGCAGCUAAAGAGUUACUAAUCGCAGUCCUCGGUGUUUGCCACGCCCACAGCCACAUUUACAGAGCCGCUCUGAUCGCAAUUGAAACAUCCGCUUUGCAUUCUGCUGGGAGCACUGAUGGAAAUGAUUUCGGGCAGGAGCGGUCCACUGCAUCCAUGCAUCCAUUAUCGCCGGAUCAACUUCUUGAUCGAGCAGGGUGGUGUUUGCAGAGAAACGAACCUCGUGGCCUAGAUGAGGUGAUAUCACUUUAUUAUGAUGCCCUGGGAUACUACAACGCUAGUCAUGCUUGCCGAGGGCAAUUGCUAGGUAAUCUGGCUGUAAUACUGCAAACUCGCUUCGAACGUCAAGGAAACGACGAAGACUUGGAUAGGGCUAUCUCACUUCAUAGAGAAGCGUUAGCCUUGCACCCGGUUGGUCAUAAAUAUCAGUCCAUGACAUUAAAUAGCCUUGCGAAUGGACUUUCCACCCGCUUUGACCACAGAGGCAAUGACGAAGACUUAGAUCAGGCUAUUGCACUUCACAGGGAAGCACUAGCUUUGUGCCUAGUGGGUCAGACAGAUCGGUCCAUGUCAUUGAAUUACCUCGCGACUCAACUCUCCACCCGCUUUCGCCACCGAGGCAACGAUGAAGACUUGGACCAGGCUAUCGCACUUCACGGAGAAGCGCUGUCUUUGCGCCCGGUGUGUCACGCAGAUCGGUCCAUGCCAUUAAUUAACCUUGCGGUUCAACUCUUCGUCCGCUUUAAUCACCGAGGCAAUGACGAAGACUUGGAUCUGGCUAUCGCACUUAACAGGGAAGCCCUGGCCUUGUGCCCAGUGGGUCAUCCAGAUCAGUCUGUGUCGUUAGAUAACCUCGCAGUUCAACUCUCCUCCCGCUUUCGCCACCGAGGCAACGUCGAAGACUUGGAUCAGGCUAUCUCACUUCACGAGGAAGCGCUAGCCUUGCGCCCAGUGGGUCACACAGAUCGGUCCAAGUCAUUAAAUAACCUUGCAGUUCAACUCUUUACUCGCUUUGACCACCGAGGUAAAGAUGAAGACUUGAACCAGGGUAUCGCACUUCUCGGGGAAGCUCUGGCCUUGCCAGUGGGUCGCACGGAUCGGCUCAUGUCAUUAAAUAACCUUGCACUUCAACUUUCCUCCCGCUUUCAUCACCGAAGCAACGAUGAAGACUUGGAUCAGGCUAUCGCACUUCAUAAGGAAGCGCUGGCUUUGUGUCCGGUUGGUCACACAGAUCGGCCCACGUCAUUAAAGAAUCUCGCAACUCAACUCUCUGCUCGUUUUGACCACCGAGGCAACGACAAAGACUUGGAUCAGGCUAUUGCACUUAACAAGGAAGCGCUGGCCUUGUGCCCAGUGGGCCACACAGAUAGGUCCAUGUCAUUAAAUAACCUUUCUGUUCAACUCUCCUCCCGCUUUCACCAUCGAGGCAACGAUGAAGACUUAGAUCAGGCCAUCGCACUUCACAGGGAAGCACUGGCCUUGCGCCCAGUGGGUCACACAUACCGGUCCAUGUCAUUAAACAACCUUGCAGUUGAACUCUUCACCCGCUUUGAUCGCCGAGGCAAUGACGAAGACUUGGAUCAAGCUAUUGCACUUAACCAGGAAGCAGUGGGCUUGCGUCCGAUCGGUCACACAGAUCGGUCUGGGGCAUUCAAUAACCUUGCAGUUCAACUCUUUACACGCUUUGAGCACCGAGGCGAUGACGAAGAUUUGGAUCAGGCUAUUGCACUUCUCGGGGAGGUGCUGACCUUGUGCCCGGCGGGUCACACAGACCGGUCCAAGUCAUUAGAUAACCUCGCGGCGCAACUCUCCUCCCGCUUCCGGCACCGAGGCAACGACGAAGACUUGGACCAGGCUAUUGCACUUCUCGGGGAAGCGCUGACCUUGUGCCCAGUAGGUCACACAUAUCGGUGUGCAGCAUUAGAUAACCUCGCGGUUCAACUCUUCUCCCGCUUCAAAUGCCGAGGCAACGACGAAGACUUAGAUCAAGCUAUUGCAUUUCACAGGGAAGCGCUGGCCUUGCGCCCGGUAGGUCACACAGAUCGCUCCAACUCAUUAAAUAACCUUGCACUUGAACUCUCCGCCCGCUUUGAUCACCGAGGCAAUGAUGAAGACUUGAAUCAGGCUAUCGCACUUCAUAGGGAAGCGCUGGCCGUUCGCCCGGUCGGUCACACAGGGCGAUCCACUUCAUUAAAUAACCUUGCCGUUCGACUCUCCUCCCGCUUUAGGCACCGAGGCAACGAUGAAGACUUGGAUCAGGCUAUCGCACUUCAUGGCGAAGCGCUGGCCUUGCGCCCAGUGGGUCACACUGAUCGGUCUGUGUCGUUAGAUAACCUUGCACUUCAACUCUCCUAUCGCUUUCAUCACCGAAGCAGUGACGAAGACUUAGAUCAGGCUAUCGCACUUCACAGGGAAGCACUAGCCUUGCGCCCGGUCGGUCACACAGAGCGGUUUAUGUCAUUAAAUAACCUUGCGAAUCGGCUUUCCACCCGCUUUGAGCACCAACACAACAGAGAAGACCUCGACGAGUCACGAGAGAAAUUACGCUGUGCAUUGACUCUGUUGACCCAACAUGAUCCUCGUCAAUUGGGAGUCCACAGGUCGCUAGCUAAGGUCUAUAUGUUGUUCCAUCAAUCAGGACUUGACGGUACUGGCACGGGUGAAGAUACGGACAGUCUCAAUGUGGCCAUGCAUCAUCACAAGGUAGCAGCAAAUGUUGUCUCUGGAGGCUUGCUAUCCCGCGUGCGAGCAAGUCUAUCCUGGGUUCACCAUGCUGAUGAACAGAGACAUGGCACUGAACUGGAAGCUCGUGCAACUUCUAUGCAACUUCUGGACGCUUACAUGUCUGUGACAGCUUCGGUAUCGUCUCGUCAUAGAGCCAUGAGGGACUUCCCACGUACACUUGCCGUGGACGCUGCAUCAUGUGCUCUUCGUAGUGGUGACGUGUGUCGUGCUGUCGAGUUGUUGGAGCAAGGCAGGACUGUCAUCUGGAACCAGAUGACGCGACUCCGCUCGCCUCUUGACAGCCUUCAGACUCAUGGUGAUCAUGCAGUGGCCUUGAUGAAGAAAUUUAGAGAUCUCAGCUCUCUCCUCGAUAAGCCUCCUGCUAACUAUCUGGAAGAAACUUCAAGAGUCGAUGUAGAAGCAGAAGAAACCCGGUACAGACGUCUAGUGGAAGACUGGAAUAGAGCUGUAGAAGAGAUUCGGAAGAUCGAGGGCUUUUCUCGCUUCCUCCUUCCUCCCUUAUUCUCCGAUCUUCAAGAUGCAGCUCGUGAAGGGCCUAUCAUCGUGCUCAUCGCAAGCACGUCAUCUUGCCAUGCUGUUAUCAUCCUGCACAAGCAACCUCCGACCAGCGUUCAACUCUUUACGGACUAUGAGAAACUCCUGAGAUUGGUAAACGCACUCCAAGAGGCGGUUACAAAAGAGGCUGGUCCUAAAGGGAACCAAACAGCGUUGAUAAAAUAUUUGAGACAGUUGUGGGACACCGUCGUCUGCCCAGUGGUCGAGACUCUGGACAGAUUUGCACGACGAGGUUCCCGAAUAUGGUGGUGCCCGACGUCUCUCUUCAGUUUCUUACCGUUGCAUGCUGCUGGCGAGUACAGGGCAAAGGGAAAGUCCUUUUCGCAGUACUAUGUUUCUUCAUACACUCCAUCGCUCACCGCGCUGAUAAAGGCUCGCGGAAGUCAUGACAUGUCCGCGUCGGUGUCCUUCGCUGCCAUUGGCCAGAAUUGCCCAGCGGGUGCCGAAUUCACUUUGGAUGCUGUAGAGCCUGAGUUAGAAUUGGUGCGAAGACUUUUACCCCCUCCUCCGACUGUUUCCUUCUCCAAGGUAACCAGCGUUGAUGCCACGAAAUCAAGAGCGCUAUGUGCAUUGCGGGACAAUACUUGGCUCCAUCUCGCGUGUCACGGGACACAGAAAUUUGACGAACCCUUCAAAUCAGCCUUCCUUAUGCGUGACCAGCCGCUUUCGCUCCUCGACGUCACACAAACGGAUCUGUCUCUGCAUGAAUUUGCAUUUCUUUCUGCCUGUGAAACCGCAGUCGGUGACCCUACAACGCCCGAUGAAGUGGUACACCUGGCAGCUGGCCUGCAAUUCGCUGGAGUUAAGAGUGUGGUUGGGACAUUAUGGAAGGUCAACGAUGAUACCGUGCAGCGCUUAGUCGAAGCAUUCUACAAAAACUUUUGCGGGGAUGGGACAAUGAGUUCCAAACGAGCUGCCCGAGCGCUGCACCGAGCGGUCCAGUCAUUGGCUUGUGACACAGACAUUCCCUUGGACCAGCGCAUAGUGUUCGUGCAUAUUGGCGUAUGA